AUGAAUUACAUAAAAAUUAACGACAAAUUAAAAAAACAUAUCGCACAUUUAGUUGUUCAAAAUGAUAAUAUCAUCCCGGCCAGUUAUUUUAAUUCAGCCUUUCCAGGCGCUAUCGGUCUUAUGUUUACUGAUGAAAGUUUGAACGGAGUCGUUAUAAUUCCAAAAGACAAUAUAGGUAAUUUUCAAUGGACAUGGAAUUAUGAAAUAGUUUAUGAAUUAAUUUACGCCGAUCCUGCUCUUAAUCUCACUUCAUCAACAGAGUCGAAGAAGAAAACCUUAUUCAAUUGGCUAGGAUCAGCCGGAAGUUUACUUAUAUUAUGGUUCGGCAGUAUGAUACCGUCACUUUGGUGUAAUAUUUACGAAGAAUUAGUCAAGGUGUUAUUUUAUGAUUUGCCAACCAAUUCAUCAAAUACAUUAGACUUAAAAUUAAGAAUUGUUAUUCUAUCAAUUAUCUCAUGCAUAUACAUGGUAUUGAUGAUCAUUUUCACACCGCUUUUCCUUAAAAUGCUGUUCAACAAACUAAAAGCAUGGAUUCAAGAAAUAAACAUUGAAAAACUCACGUACAAUGCUUUGGCACCUGUUCCAUUUGUGAAUAGAUAA